AUGAAAGGUGUCCAGAAGCUGACCAGGCUGCCUGGAGAGGUGGUACGUUCCCUCUUACCAGCAGUCUUCAAGCAGAAGGUGGAUGACCCUGUGUCAGGAAUGCUGUCUUUCUCCAAGAAGAGAAGACAUAGUUCCUCAAGCCCCAAAAGCAAAAGAAAGAAAGAAAGAAAACACCAGAAACAAUCCCGAAGCCGACCUCGAAAAUCUCACCGCCAUCGUCACCGCCGCUGUCACUCUCGGUCACCCAGCUCUGAGUCACGCUCCUCCAGCUGUGAGAGCAGGCACAGGGCCAAGUCCCCCGAAGAAGGGCCCAAGUCGAGGCGGAGGCGCCCAAGGCCCUGCUCUAAGGCUAUCCAAAAGGGAACUGUGAGCAGCGGUGAGACCCGGUCUGGCCACGCCCCCAGCCAGUCCCUCCAGGUCUACAGCUUCCUCUCCUCCAAUGAAGUCAUUUCUCAGUCGGGGUCUUCCGUUGACCUCUUUACCAAAACAGUCAGCCCGCUUGGCAAUCUCGCAGCACCCCGAGGAGGGUCCCAGGAAUAUGACUCAGGAAACGACACUUCCUCCCCACCCUCCGCCAGGACCAGCUCCUCCAGCCCCCAGGAUGGCCAGGACAAAGGGAGCCCCGGGCGGCCAGGCUGCGGGCGGAGCAGCUUGCCUGCGGGCAAGCCCAAACUACUGCUCACCAGUGAUAACAGCUCCGAUUCGGGGAAUUCCUUCACCACUUGUUCCUCCCAGACCAAGGGACCCAGUUUAGAGACUCUGUCUUCAGAGCCCCAGGCCACGGACUCAAGAGGAUUCCAGUCACCAUGCCUUGGCUGCUCAGAUGUGAAGAAACUGAGUCCUGCCCCCUCACCAGCUCGGACCGCUCCACUGAGAGCCUGUUCCCAGGGUACCUCCUACAGCAGCCCUGCGAGAUCCUCCCCAGCCUCUAGCCACUCCUCCCCAUCACCGAAUCACAGAGGGGACUCCCCCAGGUACCGAAGUCGCUCAAGCUCCUCAGGGAAGAGGUCAUACACCCGGUCUCCCAGCUACUCAUCAACAUCCGGCAAGCUGAGUCCAAUAAGCAGAAGCCCCCGGCCCCGACGGAGUCCCAGUUACACCCGGUAUAGCCCUACCAGAGACAGAGAACGAGACCACAAGUAUGGACCCAGUGAAAAGGAGACCCCUCGGGACCGAGAGCGGAGACGACGGCGGUCUUACUCCCCCAUGAGGAAGCGCAGGAGGGAUUCCCCCAGCCACCUGGAGGCUCGUCGGAUCACAAGUGCCCGGAAACGUCCCAUCCCCUACUACCGGCCCAGCCCCUCCUCCUCCAGCAGUCUCAGCAGCUACUCCUCCUGGGAUAGCAGCAGCAGUCGCAGCCGCAGUCGAAGUUACUCACGCAGCAGCAGCAGCAGUGGCCGCAGCCGAAGCAGCAGUGAGAGCAGCAGCAGCGACAGUGACGGUGCCAGUGAACCUGGGAGCCACAGCAGGAGCUGGAGCCACAGCCGGAGUUAUGCCUCUGAGGGCAGCUAUGAGAGCACAGGCCGCUAAGGGAGGCCUCCCAGCCGUGGCCUCCAGACUCUGACCCCUUUCUUCACACUGACAGAAGUCUUGUGACCUGGGAAGGCUCUAGGUCCCCCAUCUACCCUGACCCCUUCCUCUACUCCAAGGAGAAGAGAGGACCCACCAGCUCCACUCUUCUCCCCUUGGCAGCCAGCCAUGAGCCACGCAUGCCCUGCAGCCAUCCUGGACCAGAAUCUGGUGGGGGUGGGGAAGAGAACAACCCACCCAAGGCAGAGGGAGCCCUUUGUAUGACGCAAGGACCACCAGGCCAGUGGUUUAGAUAUGGGGCUUCAUGGGGGCACCAGGGAUGCCACUGGGCUUACAAUACUCCACUCAGUUAAGUCUUUUUUCCAUAAUAAGGGCAUGGCCAAUGGACCCCAUUGGACGCCAUCUUGACUCUUUCCCCCUACACAGGCACACAUAGACACUCUGACAUCAUUUUCACCAUCCUAAUCCCAAGCUGUUAUUUUGCAGCUCAUCCUAAAUCCAGGUUGAUAGCAAGAGAGAAAACCAAAGGGCAACAUUAUUGGGGUACACAUCCCCCCAAGUUUGCUUUUCCCCACUUAGUGAAGGAAUGCUGAGUAGCCACACCAUCCCAGUGGGUGCCUCUGGUUUUAGGGAAUGGGGAGGGUGAGGUGAGAACCAGAAAAAAACCAACAGUAGCAUUUUUUUUGGAAGUUGUGGAUCAGAAGUGGGGGUGGGGAGAUGGGGAAGAGGGAAUGGGAAGGGAGACUCAACACUGGCUCCUGAUCCUGUGGAGGCUCCAAGACCAGAAGGCCUUGGGCCCAGAAGGAGGAAGGAAGGAUUAUCCUUGCCAUCUCAGCACGGAAGGUGGAAGGGAGGUCUUGGGAAGGGAGAAUCAACUACUUGACUUGACUAUUUCAAGUUCCAACUUGCUUCUGAACUUUGGAAGAUACUCACUUGUCUGUGGAAAUAAUAUCAUGAAAGAUGCCAAACCAGGGUGACACCCUGGUAGAAUCUGCCUUUGGCAGACUGCAGUGAGACAGGGAGUGAUGGACUUGACAAACAAGAGGAAGACUGGACCAAUGAGGAAGAGAAGAUAUUCUCCCAUUCCUUAUUGUACCUAGUGUUUCUCAUACAACCACUAUCUCAUCGGACUGUCUGAGCCAUCGACUCUGAGGCUCCAGUGAGCCGCUCAGAAAGAAAGACAUGCCCAACCUUCUCUAAGCCUUUCGGCAAGACCCCAGUACAACAGGCUUUGAUGCUUCCAACAUCAACAGGGUUCUCCAGGCUAGAGGAAGCAAGUGAUAAAAAGCCACCUGCAGCUAGAUCCCGAGUGACUCAUAGAACUUAUAAUUCUUUUCCUGAACCCCAAGGACAAGGUCUGAUUCAUGUCCUCCCAGCUGGCACCAGCUUCAUCUCAUCUAGACCCCAGCUGGAAAUACCUUGGGUGCCAUUGAUCUAUGCUGGUAGCCAGUGCCUACCAGUCUGACCUCUCUUCCCUCAGCAUUUGCCCACAAAUUCCCUUAUUCUCAAAUCCCAAUCCCCAGACUUCAAGCACCCCAGAGUCAUCUUCUUGUGAUGCCUCUUGAGUCAAGGGUGGUGUCAAUGCCUCCAUUUCUCUGAUUAAGUCCCUAUUCCCAAAACCCACCUCACCUCCAGGGAAUUUAGCUCAGCUCAGCCAAAGUUGCUUAGGUCCUGUAGUACAGAUCACAUCUAGCAUAGGAGCUGGGGUGGGAGGGGAAGGCUCCUGAGGAGAAGAACUCACCAACUCACACCUCAGGCAUUCAGCUGUUGCUAGUUUUCAAUUAGGGGGAAGCCCCAUCCUGGUCAAGCCCUAACUCCUGCUCCUUGAUGUCACCCGAAGCCUGGUGCCAGGAGCAGCUGUAAGCCGAUCAGCAAACCACAAAUACCAUGGGCUGAAAUCAUAUGAUGGGUGCAAAGAGUGGGAGGAAGAAGUUUUAAAUAACAUGGGGGCAGAUCAGUUGUCAGGACAGGGGGAGGGGGUAGUUUCACUAGUCACAGCAACAAGAAAGUAGGGUGGAGUGGAAGGGGCUGUGAGGAUAAUCCAGUUUCCAUUAUUCCUCCCUGGGGAGGCAGGACAGAUACCUUUUCAUGGUGUGAUGUUGGUCUUCUGUUCACAGCAGGUGAGAACUGUAAUUAUUUUUGAAUUGUUAGAGUUCCCACUGUCUCAUCACCUCAUCCCCCCCCUCAAACAAACACCUUUGGCUGGCAGGCUCUCUGGGACCCUGAGCCCACAGAAGCCAAGGCCAACCAAAGACUAUCAGAUAAUACAUGGAGGAGCCUGGUGGUAUUUAUGGUCACUAGAGAGAGGAAGGACAAAGUUGGUUCCUUACGGUUAUGAAGACUACUGAUUCCUCUGAUUUUCCCAUGGGGAGAAACAUAGGUGAGGGAGAGUGGUGAUGUGGGGGGUACAGAUGGCCAGAGAGUCAAGAGAGAAGUGCCACAUACCUUCUCACACACCUUGGGAGAGUGUCUAAGAGGCUUCCCCCCACUGCUCUGCACUCACCUGCCUCUGGCCCCCUGGCUUUCCCCUUCAGCUUUAACCCAGAGCCCCCUGCUUCCAGGGUCAGGCUAGUUCAGCUGCUAGCCCAGCUUCCUAACAUCAAACUCAUGACAUCACCACCACAGAAAAAAAAAAGAGACAACAGUUGUGUCCCAACACAAGGAGGGACCUUGAGUGGGAAG